UAGGUUACGUACUCAUGUGAGUCGUGCCUGCGCUCGCCGCCCGCCCAGCAUGCGUGACGUCAUGCUGCGCCAUAGUGCCACAGCAGCCUAUGGAUCAUUUAAUUACCCGCUUCUGGGAACUGGAAGAAGUCCCCGGCUCGCCCGUUCAGCACCCCACGGAUGUUGAAUGUGAACAUUUUUACCGCUCGACUACGGAACGUGACCCCGUGACCGGCCGUUACACUGUAGCUCUCCCGUUUGAUAAAGACGUGUUUUUACUUGGGGACUCCUAUAACAUUGCUCGCAAACGUUUUUUGUGUUUGGAGAAGAAGCUCGAGGCUUCUCCCGAGCUUCGUGCCGCUUACGAUGACGUCAUUAAGGACUAUAUUUCCAAAGGUUAUGUGGAGCCACUGACCGUUCCCCCGCAGGCGUCAUCGGACGAUUUGUCCCCGAGCUAUAUAAUCCCGCACCAUGGCGUCCUCCGCGAGGACAAGUCCACCACGAAGCUGCGCCCCGUGUUAGAUGCAAGUUGCAAGACUUCAUCCGGUGUCUCGCUAAACGAGGUGCUGCACAGUGGGCCAAAUUUACAAGGGGACUUGUUUAAAAUUAUUUUAAAUUUUCGCCUACACGCUGUAGCGAUGACCGCUGAUUGCAAACAGAUGUUUCUACAGAUUAUGCUUCGCGAAUCUGAUAGACGCUAUCAGAGAAUUUUAUAUCGUUUUAAUCCAAACGAUCCUCUGGUUCUAUAUCAAUUUAAUAGAGUAUGUUUCGGUUUAAAGUCAAGUCCCUUCCACGCGCUCCGCACUGUGCAGCAGCUCGUCGACGAUGACGGCGCCGAGUAUCCCCGCGCGGCGGAGAUCGUCCCGUCCUGCCUGUAUAUGGACGAUAUCGCCUUUUCUGUUGAUACAGAACAGGAGGCGGUGGACGCAGCAAAACAGCUGAUUCAAAUGUUCAAGGGUGCCCAGUGGGAUCUUGUUAAAUGGAACAGUAAUUCACAAUACGCACUCAAUGAGUUGCCCGCUUCGCACAAGAUACCUACUGAGGUUGAAUUCGACAAGGCUACAGAGCAUAAAAUAUUAGGACUCGGUUGGUCUACUGAUAAUGACGACUUUUAUUUUAAAAUCGACCCUCCUGAUUUGGACUCAGUGUGUACCAAACGCACCAUAAUGUCAACGAUCGCCCGACUUUGGGACAGAAUGGGUUUCGUCGCGCCAACUGUAUUGGUAGCUAAGUUAUUAAUUAAGAAACUAUGGCAGCUGAAGGUGGAUUGGGACGAAGUCCCGCCCGACCAGGUAGUAAGGCUUUGGCGACAAUUUUGUCGCGAACUGCCGGCGCUUAAUGAGAUAAAAAUCCCUCGUUGUCUCAGCGUCGCGACUGGUUGCGAGGUGACCUUGGUAGGGUUCGCAGAUGCUAGUGAGCAGGCGCAAGGCGGCGUUGUGUACGUGCACGUCGCUUCUCCGUCGGGUAAUGUGGUCCGCCUUCUCUGCGCGAAGUCCAAGAUAGCACCCACCCCGCCCCAUACGAUUGCUCGUAUGGAGCUUUGCGCAGUUCUUUUACUGUCGAAAUUAUUACGCUCAGUACUUGAAACGUAUAAUUCCCGCAUUCCAAUUAGGGUCCGCGCCUACACAGAUUCCAAGGUUGCGCUUUAUUGGAUAAAAAAUUCGCCUCACCGUUGGCAAACAUUUGUUGCCAACCGUGUCAUUAAAAUAAAUGAAAAUGUAUCCGCUGAAAACUUUCAUCACGUCGCGGGGACAGACAACCCGGCCGACUGCCUGUCACGCGGCGUCGACCCCUCUAAACUGAAAGCCCAUCCGCUGUGGUUUAACGGGCCGUCCUGGCUAGCAUCGAAUGCUUCACAGUGGCCUUCCUUUGAUGAAGUUAACGAUUCCACUUUAGACGUCGUUCCCGAGCAAAGGAACCUAGUUCACGCUGUUUUGACACCUGCUGACGAGUGUAGUAUUUACCCCGCUGCUUCUCGUUCCUCGUCAUGGACCAAACUCCUGCGAAUAAUCGUUUAUAUAUGUAGGGUUUUAAAACUAUUACCACGCCGCGAACCUACGUGUAUUACCGCUACUGACUUGGAGUACGCAGAAACAAAAUUGCUGCAAAUACUCCAAAACAAACAUUUUAAAGAUGAUAACGCGCCUCCGCUUUCGUGGCCAUUGGCGAUUGUCGACAAAGUUCAUCCUUCAAGGGAUGGAGUAACGCGGGUAGUUACUGUAAGGACUGCUAGGGGCACAUACGCUCGCCCGGUUGUACGUUUAUGUCCGCUCCCGUCACAAUAAACAAUACAUUAGUAUCUACCGCUGUAGUUUAUAAUUAGUUUUAGUUACCGCAUUAGCUAGGCUAUAAUUUUGUCUCGUUUCACUUAUGAAUGUUUUUAAAGGUGACCCUUUAAGGGGGGAGGAAAUGGUGUCGCCACCUAUCUUUUAAUAUAUUUACUUUCAUAAUUUUCGCAAGGUUUCGAUCCUAAAAUCCUUUUCCCUAUUUCCGCUUAUGUCGUGCACCGCAACGCUACGUGUGGCAACACUGUCUGCGCCACCCACAGACAAUCAGUUCCGAAAACGAAUUCAUGGCCGCCGUCGCGCUAAGUUAUUCGCGAUUGAACUUAUUUUCAAAAUAGACGAUUGGCUAGUUGCUAAAGUCUUCCGCUUCUUCUUUAUUCGUGGUGAACCGCUAACCGAAGAAUAUCAGUGUGUGUGUUGAGUGCUGCAGUGCUUUGGAUUGCUCUGAUCUCUGAUCGAUCGAGC